UGGUGGAAGCGGGGGGCGGUGUGUACGGAACGAAUCGGAUCUACGUCGUUUUCUCUAUUUCCCAACUCUGCCGCUGCGCCUCUCGCUUGAGCUGCCUUAGUCAAGCUAAGAACAUAUCUAAACACGGUAGAUCAUGCGCUGAAUGUGUUUUGUUUAUUUGUCUUUUUUUGACGGACCAACCACUGAGCGAUGCUUGUGCUCGGCUCACAGCUCUUAGGCAUCUGUUUGGUAAGACAGAUAUAGUGGAAGAAAAUCUGCUUUAAACACAGGAAAAGAAAAGAGAAGAGGCUCCAGAUCAGACAGUCGAGAGGCCACAGUUCCCCCUCACGAUCACGCACACAUCACCACGGCCUUGAUGGUGAUGCAUGCAAGGAAACCAACGAGAGUCAGCGAUGGGUGCAACGACCGAAGGGAUUCACAAUCCUAUCAGACCCAUAAGUCUCAACCAAAAAGCCAGUCCAGCAGCCUUCUCCGUUAUGACAAGGUGCGAGAUGGGUCAUCGGACCCCACACCCCCCUACAAGAUUCUACGACGCUCAGACGAAAGUCCUGUCAACAGACAUGGUGAUGGUGCAGGACAUGGCAAGGCCAAAACAUCGUCUCACACACUUAGAGGAAAAAAUGGGACCACUGAUUCUCCCCAAGAGAAUUCUCACAACAGCAGCUCCCAACACAGCUCUGAUUCACAUUCCACUCAGAGCAAGCCCGCAGACAGGCGCCAAGACCCAGCCGAUGACUGGACAGAACACAUCAGCUCAUCUGGGAAGAGGUAUUACUAUAACUGUAGAACCGAGGUCUCCCAAUGGGAAAAGCCUAAGGACUUGCUUGAAAGAGAACGACAGAAGGAUUCUGCUAAGAUGGCGGCCAACAGCUUCCCCAAGGACAUGGACUACAGACAAGAGGCCUUGCAGGACAAAGCUACAUCAAAGAGCACUUCAGGAGAUCAGUCCACAGCAUCCAACUCCAGCCAUUCCAUCUCUUCCUCUUCUGUCUCUCAGAGCCUGAACUCUGUCUCUGGUGCUUCAGGCUCCACUCCUUCCAUCACUUCCUCUUCCUCUGUGCUUGUGCCGCCAGCUGCCCAAUCCCAGGCCACAGCCCUGCUCCAGGAUCCUGCCCUCCUCCAUCAGCUCCUCCCAGCGUUGCAGGCUACUCUGCAGAUGAACAACGGCAGCAUGGACAUGGCCAAGAUUAAUGAGGUCCUGGCGGCUGCUGUCACCCAAGCUUCCUUGCGGUCUAUGCUUCAUAAGCUCCUCACUGCUGGACCAUCUGCUUUCAACAUCACUGCUCUGCUCUCCCAAGCUGCUCAGCACUCCAACCAAGCAGCCCAGCAGUCCAGCCAGUCCCCAGUGUCUCUGACUUCAGAUGCCUCACCAAGGCCCUAUGUCUCACCACGGAAUGGCACUCCACAAACCAGCUUGAUGAGCCAGAAGUCCUUGCAAGGCAUGACCCCUGGUAUCAUCGGGUCUUCCCAAACCAGGGGCAAUGUGUCUUCAGGUAAACCAGGACCAAUCCUCCUGUCUCAGAUUUCUGUAGAGAAACGUCCGGAGGACCCUAGAACUCACCAACAGAGAAGCCAGGAGAUCCCAUCACCAGGACAAAACCACAUAUCUGGGGCCGGUGGGGCUGGGCUACCCGCCUCCUCCAGCACCACCAACCAAAGCCAGGCAGGUACGCCGGGCUCCUUCACUCCCUCCCUGGCUGCUCACUUUGAUGAGAACCUCAUCAGGCACGUUCAAGGUUGGCCGGGAGAACACACAGAGAAACAGGCGGCGCGGUUGCGUGAGGAUCUUCACAACAUGGGCAACUUGUACAUGUCUGAGAUCUGCACAGAGCUGAAGAACCUGCGCUCCCUUGUCAGAGUGUGUGAAAUUCAGGCCACACUGAGGGAACAGAGAAUCCUGUUUCUGAGGCAACAGAGCAAAGAGCUGGACAAGUUGAAGAAUCAGAACUCGUACAUGGUUUGAAAGCAUGACUGCAGAAUAUAGAUGGUUGGAUGAGAACGUAACAGAGGAAUAGCAACAGACAAGGGCAGCCAGCACCUGGAGGCUGCACUAAUAGCGUGCUAUGUUCUCUCUACAAGGCUCAGAGAGAGAGAGGCCUGGGAGCAGGAAACUGGAUAUGGCUUAAGGCAGAGCGUGGCUCUAAACAUGAAGCUCUACCAUCCUGAAAAUGUCUGUCUACUUUUCUCCACCCUGUGAUUUGUCCUCGAUUUCCAGAAUGGACCGAAGGUGAUGGUUCACGAAGUAGGACACUUCUAUAAGUGAACAGUGACAACUUUAGGGAUGGGGCCUUGGCUUUUUGACAUGGGAGACUUUUCAAAUGGCACCUUUUAGACUUGUGAACUCUUGGAUUAUGUUUAUUGUUCUGGAUUACCUUGUUUCUGAUGUUCUGAUGUAUAGUGGUAAGGAAAGUUAUUAAUUCCAUUCCCCAGAAAAUGAAUUUCAUAAAAAAGUGACUCAAAUCACAAGUCAAACGGGUGCUGAAACCAUGUCUGUGGGCCGAACACACAUUCCCUUCAAACUCAUCAAAUGGACUCGAUAGUAAUGACUCAUUGACUCAUUUGGAUGGAUUCAGAUGUAGUGACAUUUACCAUUUUGCUUUUUACUCACAAUGUACUAAUUGAUAAUAUUCCCUAUGCCAGUGUGUGUUGGAGCUUAUUGUUCCAACAUAUAAGAAUAUGAGAUUAGCCCAAAGGCCAGAUAGCUUUGAAACGGGGAACGUGUGCUUGAUUUAUCCUCUCUAAAGGUUAGGAGCUGAUGUUAAGGUUACAGUGUCAGUGAGGUGCAGCUAGGUAUAUCAGAAACACCUCUUAUGUUUCAAAGCUUGUUUAAAAACAUAUAGUUUUGGACCUAAUUGGGCUCUAGACUCACAUCAGGUUAGCCCAGACUGCUUGUUUUCUGGUCCCCACUUUCAGCAGUCUAUCUUUUUGUAUUGUCGUUAAUGUUAUGUUUCUAUCACAAGUGGGCAAGUGUUUUUCUUUUGUGCAGCUUCACAAGAUGGUGUUGAAGAAUAGAUAGAAAAAAAAUGUAAAGGUUCUGAUUUUUACAGUCAUGUAAACUAAAUUAUUGUUGCACAUUAUUGAUUACGUCCUUAUAGUGAUAAUGAAGAAGAUGGAAAUACAUUUUUUUUUCUCUCGACCAAUUCAUCAUCUUGUCUUGGUUCGGCUAUCAAGGCUGGUGUCACUGGUUUAAAUUGACUCUAGCCGUAUUCGGCUAGCUUUUUUUUUUUAUAGAGUUCAUUCAUUAUGAGCUGGUGUACUUUUUUUAUAUAAAUAAGAGAUUUCACGUGAAACUGCGAUCAUACUCUACAUCCACACAACUAGCUCUCAGAUCUGUAGGUUACUCUGUACCCUGUCCUUUCAGAAAAGGAAGGACUGGAGGUAGUUGUUCCAUCAGUUGUGACUCUGGUGGGCAGGUUUUGUCUGAUGCACACACUUGUUUUGGCUGUAGGGCAGGGGAAGGACAUUUCUGUGGGGUAGAGAAGCUUUGUAUAUUAUUCCAUAAAGUAUAAGAAAAUAAAAUAUUCUACCACACUCCCAUGUUUUACAUUGUUUUGUU